AUGAGUGUGUGAGUAUGGCGGUGUGGAUAUUUUUGUGUGUGAUACUUUACGUUGUAUGCUUUACGUUUAUAUCAGUUUAAUUUUGUAAGUCGUGCGUAUUGGUUGUGCCAAACGGAAAGAAAGUAAAAAGAAUUCUCGUACUGGUUCUUAAGUUUCUCAAAAAAAAAUAAAUAAUCAAAAAAGAAUAAAACAAAACUAUUUAGUUUUUUGUUUGUGUUUAAAAAAAAAAAUUCACUCAUUAAAAUUUAUUGGUGUAUUUCCUUGAUGGUCAUGCAUAAACGUGCUUGUUGAUGUAGCGGUUUCUUAACAAAUUUUGGGUAUUUUACUUUAGUGUCUCUUUGAAGUUAAUGUUGUUGUUAUUGCUGGGGUUUUUUACACCAAGCUAAAGAAGAAGAAGCAGCAGAUACAUAAAUACCAGAAUACCAAAAUAAACAACAACAACAAGCAGACGUCAUUGUUUGUUUAAUGAUAUAAAAUUUACAGCUACAAGAACAACUAUUGUAUGUUGUAGGGAGGGAGGCUGCUGCUACUGCAACUUACAAAAGUUUUUAUUGUGUUUUUCGCAUUUUAAUGCACUGUACACAUUUAAAGCGUUGGCGACAAACUACCAUGACGGAUUCAAACAUUAAAUAAAUAAAGCAAAUAACUUAAAAGGAACAAAACAACAACAAAAAAUUAAAGAUACAUACUACAAUUUUUAUGUUUAAAGCCUACAAAAAGGAAAUGGAAAAAUAAAUGCACGUUUUUAUUACAGAUUUGUAGAAAAUUAAAACACAUCAAAGUGAAAAAAGUAAAGCAUUCAUUUCAAAAUGAUUUUCUAAAAAAAUAAAAAAUCAAGAGUUGCAAAUAAAAGGACUGGUCUUUAAAAAAAACCCCUUUUCAAAAUAAAAUACAAAAGAACGCUACAAAAAUGUUAAAUUGUAUAUUUUAAAUAUAAAGCAAAACAACAAAUCUUAUAUUAAAAAUCUUAAAAUAAAAAAAAAUUCUCAACCAUUUAUCAGCCAGCCAGCCCGUAAAAAUAUAAAGUAACUUAAAACAACAAAAAAAAAAAACACCUUAAUGGACUUUGAGUCAGACUUAAGUUUUCAAAUAUUAACAGACAAUAUGGCAGCCUCUAAGGCACCAACUACCACAACCAACGUUUCUUCCACCUCAUCUACUACAACGUCAUCAUCAUCAUCAUUAAAAACUACACAAGAUAUAUGCCAUAAUUUCCAAGAAUUAUGCCGUAGUUGCGGCAAAACAAAUGCUGAACUAUAUGAUCUCUUUCAAACCACAAAUUCACCAUUUAAUACGUCAUCAACCACCUGUUAUACACAUUUGAGUAACAACUCCUCCUGCUCCACCAGCACCACCACCACAACAACAAAUAAACCCUGCUCAUCCACAGCCGUCGGCAGUGCACAAUCUUCGUCUUGUGCCGCCUCAACAUUUGAUAGUGUGGCCGCAACCGCAAAAGCCACCGCCAAAGGUCAAAGUAAUAUGGAUAAUAUUUUACUAGAAAUGCAAAUAUGGCAAUUAAAGAUUAAAUGUAAUGAUGGUCUACCACAGCGUAUAUGUGCCAAAUGUACGGCACAAUUCUAUAUGAUACAUAAAUUCCGGCGGAAAUGUCUUAAAGUUCAAACACAAUUGAGAGCGCUAAACGAGGAACAAAAAUUCUAUGAAAGACAGCAACAAAUGGAAAAUCCAACAGCAGCCAAGGAUGCUUCUCCAGCAACACAGGCAACAGUAACAGCAACAGCUCCACUAGUUGAGGCCCAUGAUUUCGUUAACGAUAACUAUGGCGAACAGCAAGCCGCCGUAGACAAUACAAAGUCAGCGGUUUCCUUUGUAACCAAUACAGGGAAUACCAAUGAAUCUAUACAAGCCAGCACAAGGGCAACAACAUUGCUGGACAAUGUUGAAACAAUGCCACAAAAAACAGAAGCAAAUGAACCAACUACACCAACUACAUCAGCAGCUCUAGUGUUCAGCGAUAAAACAGUUGAAGCUCUGGAACAUUGUACGGUUACAAGACCAAAGGAUAAAAAGAAACCGCUGUUGAAGGCGGCUGUGUUAAAUUUUAUAAAAACCUCGCCGCCCUUAACCUUACAACAGCCUUUGGCACAAAUAUGUGAUAAUGAUGCAACUGACCACACAAAUGCAAGUAAAAAACUAUGUUUAGAUCAGGAAUUAGUACUAGACAGCCAUAAAAUAUUUAAAACAUUUGGUUGUCCCAACAAAACUAAACAAGCAGCUGAUUUAAAAUCAUGUCAGGAAACAGAUGAGAAAAUGUUACAGGAAGCUGCUCAAGACAUGGAUGAUAAUACUUCUUCAUGUUUGUCAGCUGCAACGGCUAAAAGUGAGCAGCCCAACGAAACAUUAAAAUUAAAAAUAAACCAAGAAUCUCAAAGUUUAUUUAUAACCAAAGCCGCCUUAAAAGCUUAUACAGCUACUUCAAGUGAAAAAGCAGGCCAUAUUGAGGCUAAAAAUACCAACGAUACUAAUAACAAUGAUCAUAGGAACAAACAUCCUUCUACGCAUUGUGAUAGACUGAGUUGCGAGACAACCGGUAAUACUUGCAGUUCAACUUCAAGCUCCACACAAUCUCCCUGCUCCUCAAAAUCAUCCAGCAUCUCAAGAAAAUCUCACAGAACGAGAGUUUUAAGACACAAAGCUGUUAAAUAUGCUGGCAAUAAUAAAAGAUCCGGCCAUUGCUAUAAAUCUAAUAACAUAAUCACCACAAAGAAGAUGACAAAGAUGAUCCUAAAGAAAAAGCUAAGAUCUUGGCAAAAUAAACAUAAAUUCAAGCGUCUAGUUGAUAUUAGAACAAGAUCAUCACCAAGUGCAAUACGAAAACAACAAAUUCAGUCAAAGAAACACAAAGUCUAUAAUAAAAGAAAAUCCCGAACACAGCAAAGCGUCUUACAAAUGGAAGACGAAACAUCAUCGACAGUCUCAACAACGUCAUCAUCGGCAUAUACGUCAUCGUCUUCAAGUGCAACAACACCUGCUGUUACAGAUCUAGCUGAAAAUCUACACAAAACAGGCUCCUCAUCAAUAACACAGGGAAUAUCCUCAAACAAGUCAUCUUGUAUCAUGUGGAAGACUAAAGCAGCAAUGAAAGCAAAUGCCAAUGACAUGCCUGUGGAUGUGGUUGUUGAUAAAGCCCAACCUACUAGCAAUAUACCAGCAAAAACAUCAUUCCCAUAUACAGCGGCCGAAACAGUAACCGGCUCAGCAACAACAUUGUUGUCUUUAGCUACAGAAAACACAGACAAAAGUUCAAAGACCCUUGAUGAAAACCAGAGCAUUAGUAGUAGCACCAACAUCAACCACAAUAAUAACAAUAUUUUAAUGGAGGAACAUUGUUGUAGUACAAAUACGGCAAUGUCUUCGCCACAUAAUCAAGUCAAGGACACUGAAGAUGAAAGCGAACCAAAUCUAAACCACAGCAAUUUAUGGCCGGAAGAGGCCAGCCAAAAACAUAUUAAUGCCAAAAACAAUCAAGCGAACGAAGAUGGAAGGAAGGAAGAAGAUAUUGCAAUUGUUGAAACCAAAUCAAUUGAUGAGGAAUUUAAUGAAACAAACGAGGAUAAGGAACAGGAAAAGCUAAAGGAAGAGGAGGAAGAGCAACAGAAGCCUACCGUCUUAACGCCCUCAGGCAAAACUGGUGGCAUGAAACUAAUAAUACAACGUAAACGAGGGGCUCGUUUCAAAUGUCGCCGCAAAACAGAUGAUGAUCCUCACGCCCACAAUGAUAACAAUGAACCUACAAAAGCCAAGCGCAGAAAAAAGUCCUCACACAACACUAAAUUCCGAACGGAAUCAUUAUUUUUAGAAGAUCUAAAUGGCGACUAUUUCAGGAAGGAAGAAGAAUUGAUGCAGAAACCAAGAUAUUUCGAUGAGUGUGCAAUGGACAGUGAUGAAGAGGAAAAUGUUAAUAGGAAAUCAAAAGUUCCCGAGUUUAAUAGUGAAGAAGAUGAGAACAAAGAAAAUCCCAUUGCUUUGCAACAAGAAUUUGAUAGCGAUAGCAAUAACAGUGUGUAUAGAGAUCCUUUGCUAAUAAAAAAUGAUAUGCUAGAAGAUGAUACUCAGCUAACAGAUUUCCCCAAACCUCAGCUAUCCUUGCAAACCGAAUGCAGCAAGGAAAUGUAUAAAUUAUACAAGGAGAAGGCUAAUUUAGAAAGUCCCAGGAAACUAAUCAUACGAGUACCGCUCACAUCUUUAACACAAGAUUUUAAAAGACUGCAUUUAACCAUGGAUAAAGAGAAACAGGAAAACGAACUGCUAAAUGAUACCACAGAGGAGGAGGAACAGCCGGUUCCAGUUCAACCAAAAGAGCAGCAAGAUGACAAUGAAACACUUGAAACACAAACUAUAACCGAACAAGAAGAGACACCCGCUGAACAAAUCAUUAGUUCGCAAGCAAACACCUCCAGCAGCCAAAGUGAUUUAUUGGGUUUUUCCCAAAACACUGAAACAUCUUCUAGCACUGUGGAUUCUUCACAACCAUCCAUGGAGAUGGUGAGAUAUGUACAGCCACCUUUAUGUUCGGCUUCUUCGAAAAUAAAUGAGUUCAUUAAUGACUUUCAAGCGAAUUGCAUUGAUUCGUCGGAAAUAGAUGAAACCUGUGAUAUGAUACCUCAGUUGGGCCCACGUAUAACACAGGAAUUGAGCGAUGAAAUACGCGAUGUGGAGGAUACUUUAAAUGGCAUUUUAAGCGAAAUGCAUGACAAAGACAUGUACACACCCAGAUCAGCAGAAACCGAUGAGAUUUUCCCUCAUUCUGUAUACUCACCUCUCACAGAUUCACCCACUACGCCGGCUCAUAGUUUCUAUGCGGAAAGUCCUUGCACCAUCAACAGCAAUCCCAUGUCGGUAAGUCCAUUUAUACAUCACAACAUGGACUAUAAUGCCAUGACACCGCAAAGCAAUCAUAGUAGCAUGGGUCAUGGCUCGCAUAUGGGUAGCGGCAGUGGUGGCAGUACAGGCUCUCAUUCGGUUGUGUUUAGUGAACACUUUCCCACCUACACGGAAUGUUUUGAAGAAAGUACGCAAUCGGAAUUGAUAGGUUUCCAAAAUGAUAUACCCUGUUUUGAAAAUAUUGAAAUUACCAAUCCAGACACUGUUAAUGACUUACUAGCAGUACCGGCUGAGUUUAAUGAGGAAGAGGAAGUGGCCAAUAUAGCUGACACCAACAGUAUUGAGCAGAAUAAUGCUGCCGAAAAUGUUGAGGUAAUAGCCCCAACAGAGAUUGUGGAUUAUAUAGAUCUAAGUGACUACAAAGAGGAUUCUGACCAAUUUGUGGACGCGCCAACUACACAGGUUCAAAUGGGAGCGGCACCCGAGAUAACUGUUUCCAAUACAGAUAUACUACCCAACCAAAUACCUUAUAAUCCAACCAAUUAUCAGCAGCUGAAUAAUACGCCAACGAUUCACAUGCAAAAUUCAGCUAAUCCCAUGAUUGCCACCAACACGAACGCACAACCCCACUACAUUGUCACCAACACCAAUCAGGGACCCAUAAUAAUUGCCAAUCCCCAACUCAAUCAAGCUGCAGAACAAAUGGAUGGCUCUUUCAAGCCACACAGCAAUAAUUUGCAAUUUGUUACUUUAGGCCAAGCCAUGGACACAAAUCAUGCUCAAACAAAUCAUUUAAUUCACAAUAAUACAAACGAAAUUAACUGGCCCAACUCAGUCAAUGCCGCAACUACCAACUACACCCAACAGCCUGUUAUAUCGGCAGCCAAUGGCACCACAACCUACUUUAUUAAUGCCAAUGGCGAGCUCUAUCAAGCCAGCAUACCCAACUCCUCACUCAACACGAUCAUUUUACCCAACAACACGGCCCAGACGAAUUUCAACAAAUCUAAUAUGGAUAACAAUGACAAUUAUAUGCAGACACUGCAGCAGCAUCAACAAAGACAACAGCAACAACAACAAAACCAACCUAACCAAUCAUCGCAAUAUAUAAUGUUGGUGAAUAAUUUGGGAGGCAAUCCCCAAUAUUAUGCCACCACUCAUACCAAUCUUAAUCAAACGCUACAAACACCACAGCCAGCUGUAUUAUUCCAUCGGGCUCAAACACACAAUGUAAGAAAUGACACCGAUUACCCGAACAACUCGCCACAACAACAAAGCAACACCAACAGCCCCCCCAAUCAACCAAAGCCAACAGCUCUCACAACUAAAACUACUCAUGUACCUAUAACACCGGCCAUUGAAACGGUUACGGAUCCCAAAUCUGGACAAACCAUGCAUCAAAGAGUAAAUCAACAGUUGCAGCGACAAAUAAAACAACGUCAACUACAACUGCUGCAACCACGCUCCCCCAAUGUUACACAAAAAAUCACACUGGUCUGUCGCUUUUGUCACAAACGUCCCAAAUUCACCAACAACGUGGACUACAGCAAUCACAUUAUUAAUACGCAUCCCGCCGAAAAACCCUACAAUUGCCCGCACUGUCCCAUGCAUUUUUCACGUCGCUUCGAACGGCAACAGCAUGUGGCACAAGUUCAUGGUUCUCGCUAUCAGUGCGCUCAAUGCGGCUUGAGUUUUUGUGCUCAACGCACUUUAGAUUUUCAUUUGCAAAAGUAUCACGCCAAUUUGGGAAGAUCUCAGCAGCAUUUACAACAGCAGCAGCAGCAACAGCAAAACUCCACCUCUACGUCGACACCAGCUACCUAUCAGUUGUUACAGCACAAUCAGCGUCAACGAUUGGUUCGUGUAGAGGAUGUUCAUGUGCAAGUAACCGGCGAGAAUAAGAAUAAACGUUCCAUUGAUCUUUCUUUGGAUGGUAGUGCUGAUAUACAAACUUCUCAAUCUAUGCCAGAAGUGGAAAUAUUAUCAGACACGACAGGAAUACAACAGCAGCAACAUCCUCGUAAAUUAUGUAGUCCUGAUUGUAAGAAUGAUAAUGAUGAUUGCUGUGGUUCCAACAAAAAUUGUGAUCAAACCAACAGCAACGAUACACAAGCAGAAAACAACAGUGCGCAACAACAAUAUACAGGAAGUGAAAGUGUUAAUAAUAAUCAACAUAAUUAUCAUCAUCAAUAUCAACAUGUUACAAUACCAUCGCCAGAACAAACCGAACCAGAUUCAACCACAACAUUACGACACUUUCGUAAACGCCAAUUAUCCGAAAUAUCACCACACUUUGCCACAUCCCCAUCAUCGUCCUCGUUUAACAAUAACAUGGGCAACAAUGACAACCUAGACCACAAUAGUACGGACGAUGUUUUAGCGGGUGAUGGUGGUAGCGGUGGUGGUGCAGGAGGCCCUGCCGAACAAAUUAUGGUGGAGCGUUCAUUACGCGGCAGUCAUAAUUGUCUAUUGUGCGAGGAAUCAUUUACAAAUGAAAUAGCUUUGCGUAAACAUCAUCACAUGGCACAUGGUGCCACACAAACAACAAUCAACACGGCUGCCACAUCAACGGCCUUAGUGUGUACGAUAUGCAAACGUGGUUUUCGUAUGCGCAAUGCAUUGCAACGGCACAUGGAAACACACGAUGCUGAGGGUCGGCCCUAUGAGUGCAACAUAUGUCAAGUGCGUUUUCCGAGACCCUCCCAAUUGACGUUGCACAAACUGACGGUGCAUAAAUUCGAAAAGCCGAAUUCGUGUGAAGAGUGUGGCAAACAGUUUGGCACGGAAAGUGCCAUGAAGGCUCAUGCCGAAGAACAUCAUCAAUAUGGAGAAGAAGCUGCCACAGCAGCAACUGCAUCAUCAGAAGCAUCAUCGUCGUCGUCGUCAUCGACAACAACAACACAAUUGUCUUCCCGCAUAUAUUUAGAUACAAUGACAACAAAAACAAUAUCAACAUCCACAACAAUAACAAAUGAACAAAAUAUAAAUUUACAAACUACAACAUCCGGUGAAGACGAAACUACUGCUUCCACCAACAACAACAAUGCUGCUUUAGAAAAUACUAUUGUCUCAGGACUUGCCACAUAAAAUUUUUUGAUUUUUUUCUCAUUUAAAACUUGUGCAUAUUCUUCUUACACCUAAUUUUUUCUUUUUUUUUGCAAAGAGCACAAAAUACAUAUAUUUUCAAAGUGUAAAACAUUUUUUAAAUAGAAUUUAAGUAAAAAAAAAAAUUAAUUUGUAUUAUAAGCAAUUAAAAAAAGGAAAAGGUUGCCGUGAUAUAAAUAAAAAUAAUGAUAAUAAAUUGUAGAGCAAAGAAA